AUGGCGCGGCUGCGGCCGCCCGGACACCUCCGCCUCGCCUUCUACGUCGCCGUCGUCGUCGGUGUCGGCCUCUGCGCCCCCGCCGCCGUCCUCGUCGCGGCGAUCGUCGGGGACAAGACGGAAGGCGAGGUGCUGGUGGCGUUCCGCGACAAGCUGCGGGCUUCGGACGGCUCGCCGCCGGGGCCGCUGCGGUCGUGGGGCACGCCGGGCCCGUGCCACGGCAACCAUUCCUCCUGGUACGGCGUCUCCUGCCACGGCAACGGCAGCGUGCAGGGCCUGCAGCUGGAGCGCCUCGGCCUGGCCGGCGGCGCGCCGGACGUCGGCUCGCUGGCCGUGCUCCCGGGCCUCCGCGUCAUCAGCCUGGCCGACAACGCGCUCACGGGCCCCUUCCCCAACGUGUCGACGCUGGGCGUGCUCAAGAUGCUCUACCUCUCCCGGAACCGCUUCUCCGGCGAGAUCCCGGCCGACACGUUCCUGCCCAUGCGGGGGCUCCGGAAGCUGCACCUCCACCGGAACGACUUCUCCGGCCGCGUCCCCAGCUCCAUCACGUCGCCGCGGCUGCUGGAGCUGACCCUCGCCAACAACCGCUUUGAAGGCCAGCUCCCGGACUUCUCCCAGCCGGAGCUCAGGUUCGUCGACGUCUCCAACAACAACCUCUCCGGCCCCAUCCCCGCCGGCCUCGGCCGCUUCAACGCCACCAUGUUCCGAGGCAACAAAUUCCUGUGUGGCAAGCCAACGGACGUGGUCUGCGAAUCCGCGUCGUCGCCCGCCGGCGGCAUGUCCACCUUCAUGAGGAUUGUCAUUUUGCUCAUCAUCCUCGGCGUGCUGCUCGCCGCCGCGGGCAUUGCCAUGGGCGUCCUGGGCCGCCGGCGUCGUCGGCGGCGACGCGCGAAGCGGACUGACGGCUGCGUGACCCUCCCCAAUGGCGAGGUGACGCCGUCCAACCCGGUCCUGGACACCGCGCCGGCCGUCUCCAUCAGCCAGGCUACCGUCAUCGCCCCCGCGGCCGCGUCCACGUCGGGCGGCCCGGCAAAGCGCGGGGGGCGGCGCGACGAGCACGGGCGGCUGGUGUUCAUCCAGGAGAGCCGCGUGAGGUUCGAGAUCGAGGACCUGCUCCGGGCGUCGGCGGAGGUGCUGGGCAGCGGCAACUUCGGGUCGUCGUACAAGGCGACGCUCCAGGAAGGCCCCGAGGUGGUGGUGAAGCGGUUCAAGGACAUGAACGGCGUCGGCCGCGAGGACUUCUCGGAGCACAUGCGCCGCCUCGGCCGCCUCUCCCACCCCAACCUCGUCCCCCUCGUCGCCUACCUCUACAAGAAAGAAGAGAAGCUCCUCAUCACCGAUUUCGUGAUCAAUGGCAGCCUCGCCCAGCUCCUCCACGGGAAUCGUGGAUCGAUGUUGGACUGGAGGAAGAGGCUUCGGAUCGUCAAGGGGGCGGCGCGUGGGCUGGCGCACCUGUACGAAGAGCUGCCGAUGCUGUCGGUGCCGCACGGGCACCUCAAGUCGUCCAACGUGCUGCUCGACGGCACGUUCCAGCCGGCGCUCUCCGACUACGCGCUGGUCCCGGUGCUGACGGCGACGCACGCGGCGCAGGUGAUGAUGGCGUACAAGGCGCCCGAGUGCGUGGGGUCGCACGGGAAGCCGUCCAGGAAGAGCGACGUGUGGAGCCUCGGGAUCCUCACCCUCGAGGUGCUCACCGGCAAGUUCCCGGCCUGUCGGCAGGGGCGGCAGGGCACCAGCGACCUCGCCGGGUGGGUGAACUCCGUCAUCACGGAGGAGCGCACCGGCGAGGUGUUCGACAAGGACAUGUCCGGCGGCAAGGGCAACGAGGAGGAGAUGCUCAAGCUCCUCCAGGUGGCGCUCACCUGCUGCGAGGCCGACAUCGACAAGAGGUUGGACCUCAAGUCGGCCCUCGCGGGCAUCGAGGAGAUCAGGGAGCCGGAGCCUGAAUCCUCGUCGACGUUGACGGGCGAGGGAGAAUCGAAAUCAUAA